AUCUGGCCCGCAUCGGUCGUGAUUGCCUGUACGCCUCUCGCCCAGAGCGCGGCAUCACAUGCGCUCUCACGCCACGUGCGCCGCAACUUAUCCUUUUCUGAUCGAAGAACGUUAGGCAGUCUCGCUAAAUUCAUACAUUUUCUCUUCUUGCUUGAGAUUACGGACGCCAGUUUGACAUAUAUGCCAACCAUUAUUUCAUAUAUGUCGUCACCUUUGACUGCCAUUUCCUGGAUAUGAAUCAAAAGUCAACUUACUGCCAAUCCAAAAAUUAACGCUUGAAGAAUUAACAAUAUAAAUAAGAUUAAAUAAUACAGUUCAACUCGGCAUACAAAUUGUAAAAGAACAGGGGAAUUUAUUAGAAAUGAACAAGCAAAUAAGCACCCACUGUACAAGCAGGGGGUUAUAAUGACAACAGUACACCAAUCAGUUCCGAACACUCAAACCCGACAGAACUAAAUACAGUAGACUGCUAAUUAAUGAAGACGAAAAUGGGCGGAACUUCCGUACGCUCGAAGCCAGUGCCCCAGUUUCAGCUGCGCCUUCUGCUGUUCUUCUGCUUCAGCCCACUGGCAACGCCGAUGGAUACCAGGAAGUCUGACGCCACUCCUUCGGAAGAGCUGACGCAACUGGAACACGAGGCUAUUUUGAACAAUGAUGGCAACUUCUACUCCCCAUCAGUCAAUACAAACAUUCCCAAAACUGAAUAUAAUACACCCGCCACAGACACUCACGCGCAGAGGAUAAACAAAGACACAAAAUCCCACAUUCAGGACAUGAACUCUCGUCUUUCGGAGCCCACUCAAGACGGGUAUGUGAAGCCUUUGCAAGUUCAUCACUUACCUCUGUACCAACAUGACCCUUACACAGCCACACACAAUGCUCUUACCCAUGGCUACAGCCGUCCAGCUCACACAUACUCUCAUUCGGUCCUACGGCAUGCCAGGCCCGGCCUCUCCGGAAGUCAAAACACAUCGGGAUUUCAAAACGACCACCCAAACACUGUCACUCAGCCUCUUCCCUUGGCCCAAAGGCAAGUGACCAGCAGAAGCAGCAGCGAUAUGGCCCACCUUUCCCAUAACAUCUCUGCCAUCCUGGAGAAUUUGCUCAAAAAUUACAACAAUCAAGUUCGGCCAGGGUACCAUGAAGGUCGAACCACACUUGUCAAGUUUAGUUUACUAAUCAGAAGCAUGGGCCCAAUCUCCGAGCAAGAAAUGAAAUAUUCGAUGGAAUGCUAUAUGCGCCAAGAAUGGAGUGACGACCGUUUGCGAUUCAAUGGUCCUUUGAAGCAACUGACCCUGAACAUCAAGAUGUUGGAAGCUCUUUGGAAACCUGACACCUAUUUCCAUAACGGCCUUGGGUCCUACGUCCACAUGACCACUAGACCCAACAAGCUCAUAAGAAUCAACCAGAAUGGCGACCUUCUGUACUCCAUGAGACUGACAAUCAAAGCUAAGUGCCCAAUGGUCCUCCGUAACUUCCCUAUGGAUAAACAAUCCUGCCCUCUGGUUAUUAGCAGCUAUGGAUACACAGAAAAGGACGUCAAAUACAUCUGGGAUAAGAAACUCGUCUCUUUCACACCUGGGAUGGGACUCAGCCAGUUCGACAUCCUCAACACCAAAUGCACAAAUUACUCCGUCAGGUGGCGCACGGGAAGAGGAAUGUACUCGGCACUACAGGUGAAUUUCAACUUGUCCAGGAGUGCAGGUUACUUCCUCAUCCAAGUCUACGUCCCUUGUAUCCUGAUCGUAGUCCUCUCGUGGGUCUCCUUUUGGAUCAACAGAGAGGCCACAAGCGACCGAGUGGGUCUAGGGAUCACUACUGUGCUGACACUUUCUACCAUCAGCCUUGACUCCAGGACCGACCUACCAAAGGUGCAUUAUGCAACUGCUCUCGACUGGUUUAUCCUGAUGAGUUUCGGCUACUGCAUCGCUACUCUGUUGCAAUUCGCAUGCGUCCACUUCUUUACUAAGGUGGGAUCUGGGGAGAUAGCGACGGAAGAGGACGAGUGGGAAGACAUAGAGAUUGUCGAGGAUUGUGACAUGGAAGAGUUGCAAGAGUGCAUGCAGCAUGCUGCCUACGACAUCUCCACAGACAACUCCUUUGAUGCUUCGGUGGACGGCAGGCGAGAGAUCGUCUUCGUCAAUUCCAACCAACACAACUGUCCAAGUGCCGCAGCCACGCUUUACGCCACACUUAAUUCAGAGGCCGGAGUCCUCAACCACGCAGGAGACAGCUUGGCCACUUUCAGGAGCACCGAGACCCAAACAGAAAAGAAGGAGAGCUGCUGGUCUCAAUGUUACCACUGUGUCUUGGGUGACGACCGCUACAGAAGAGAGAGACAAAGGAUGGCCACCCUUCAGCGCUCGGUCAACUCUGUGUCCGUAAUCGACACCUUGAGCAGGGUGCUCUUUCCCCUGUCAUACGGCCUACUUAACGUAUGGUACUGGUACUCCUAUUAUGAUACAGAACUUGUGUUCAAUUGGACGAAUCCAGGUUUUGCCCACAUCACAUGAACUGUUCACUGUGUCCUUUCACCCAUCACUCACGAACAUCGUGUUCUCAGAUGUCUCCGGGACAUUUCAAAUAAGACGUCAUGAGGACUAUAGUGAAAUGUUGAAGUGCCCAACAAAAGGCAAUGCUUACCAUAAAAGUUCCUUGUAUGCCAAGGGGAAGACGGGUUUAAACAAUUGACGUGAGAACCUGUUUAAUCCAUUUAAUGAAAUUGACUUUCUUUUGUGAUUGAGGAUUUUUCAUCUCCGAAGGAAAGGCAUCACUAUAUAGGAUUAAAACCCACAGCCGACGCAAAACCGUGAUUUCUGUUUCCAGUUCACUCGAAAAGAUUUGAAAAGUUGUCAGACUACCUAACACGUUCAUUUCCAAUCUGUGAAUGAAACACGUUGUAAAUAAUUAAACUAUAGAAAUAAGACAAAAGUUUUGAAGAAUUAUGUAAAUAAAAAAAACCUAUCUGAAAGCAGUACACUGUAUACGAUUAUAUAGUUAAGAACUACAACUAAGGCUUCUACUUGUUAAUUAAUAAACCAAUAACACAUGAUAAAACGUUCAUCGCAUUUUGACUACAACCACAACUUCAGGUAAAGUAUCACAUAUUAAGUCAAACCAUCGUUACUCAAACUGAGCAAAUAUCCCGAUGAAAAAAGUAAAAAACCAAUGACUUGUAAAGCAAGGUUCCACAAAACUGAAGAUCAAUUUAUGAAAAAGAUUAAACAUUAAAUACCUACCGUCAGGAAUAGGUAAGGAAAAAAAUAAUAAAUUCAAACAAAUCUGACUAGCAACUGUCAAGUUUGUCUUGUAUGUAGCUAAGUAAGAGUUAAAAAUGCAUCGUAAGCACUCAAUGUUACCUGCAUAAUUACCUACUGUCAUGAUUCAAGUUUAUAUACCUUAGGUACUAUACAUUGCUUACAGAUCAACUUUUGAGAAACCCUAGGAAGCACUGGAAGAAUAGAUUACCUAGAUUGCCUCCACAUCUGGUAUUACUCUUAAGCAAUGGAUUCGUCCAAGAUACGUAAUAGUGUCAGUAACUCGCAAAUGUCCUCAACACAUCACCAUUAUCGUUUGUGCAAGAGCACCUCGUGAUAUAUCAUGAAAAAUUAAAAACAGACAUUUAAUAAAUGGAAGGUGCAUUCCAGACAUAAAAAGUAGGACAUUUUAUAGUUAGUAUAUAUGUAUAUUUAUACAUGUGUGUGUUUGUAUGUGUGAAUCAAUAAAACAUGAGACAGCGCGUGUGUAAAGUACAGAGUAUGAAGACAACAUAAAUCCCCGAAAAUAAUGUAUGUAUGCUAGAAACAUUACUGUACUGUAUAUGACAUAAGAGUAGAAAUUAUUGUCAAAGAGGUUAGCAAAUCAAAUAUUUUACGUAAAAAUCUGUUUGUAUGUGUGAAUCAAUAAAACAUGAGAGAGCGCGCGUGUAAACUACAUUGUAUGAAGACAACAUAAAUCCCCGAAAAUAAAGAAUGUAUACUAGAAACAUUACUGUAUUGCAUAUGACAUAAGGGUAGAAAUUAUUGUCAAAGAGGUUAGCAAAUCAAAUAUUUUACGUAAAAAUCCAUGAAAAAUGUUUAUAUUUAUAAUUACAACAAACUGUAUCCACACUAUGUAACUGUACAUUAUUCUGCUUAAGGCGUUAGAAGUGCUUUUGUAAUUACAGUGUUUAGAGAAUAAGAUAAAAUAGUUAUUUCAAAUACAAGAGGAUAGCAAAGCUUUGUGUGGUUGAUCGUUUGUUUGCGCACCUGCUCAAACGUCCUUGUGCAAUUUUGCAGUGACGAUCAUUCACGAUUACACAGAUAAAUUCCAAAAAUGACACAUUCAUCUGAUCUGGGAUGGAUGUUCCAGGAAAAUCGCUAGCAGAUAUUCCUGCGCCUGGAGAUUAUAAGAUGUGGGAAUCAAAUAUCAUCUCUUUCAUUAUCACAGCAAAAAAAUGAACCGAGAUUGCCAACUACAACCACUAAAGCGAUUCCGGAUUCGGAUACCCCAUUCUCAUCAAAACGUUAAUUGUCAAUGACACUUAGUUUUUGAAUAGCUCAUCUUUUCAAAAAUACAUGUAUCAUUCAGUUCACCGGAUCGUCAGGGGCCAUAAAAUAGAAAUCAAAAGAAUCACUAAUUCCAUCAUCGAGCUCUGAAUUCUCGUAAUAUAUUCUCGCGUAGCCUUCUCUUCUUCUUUUUUUUUUCCAUUACUGAAGUCGCCUCAUCCUCAGACCGUCAUGGGAAAGUAGUCAACACGGGAAGUUGAAGGUUUUUUAAAAACAAUGAAAUGCAAAAGUCCGAUCAGACUUUGAGAGCAAGUACGACUUAGUACACUGAAUAGCGAAUCAUUUUGCUUUCCGUAUGUUCGGCCAUUAAACGUGUACGUACCUCUUACUUUUCUCACUAAGGAAGGAAAAACAGAGUCAAGCAGAGGAAAAGUAGACCUUGACCCCGUAAAGGAUAUAGAGGUGGCACUUCUGCUGAUGACAAGAAUACCUCUUUGAAGGGGGAAGUUUUAUAAUGCUCGAGAAAUACUCCCAACUCAAUUCAUAUUAAAAGGACAUCUGUAUCGGAGAGUUCUUGCAAAAAUACUUUGUCAUAAUAAUUAUUGAUCCGCGAGAGCUUGUGGAAUAAAACCCCUUAUUUAUAGGUAUGCCUUUAUGCAAACUAGCAUGCUGAGCUUAAGAGUAGUCUAGGACAUAGGUCCGUUAGCUACUGAAUUGCUCCCACAUCUCACGUCUAAUAUUACAGGUUUCGAUUACAACACGACUUUAAUCUUUCGCGUCUUUGAUAAAUUGCUACACACACACUUUAUUCACGAAUUCCAAAAAAAAACAUUCUGUCUGCUUUAGUACAGUAAUGAAUGAUCUUCCUAUCUCAUCCUUUCUUACAAAACAGUAAAGUGACAAUUAACAUCUUCCAAGUCUAAUUUUGAAAGGCCUACAUCAAAUAUAGUCCACUUGGCUUGUACUGUUUCCUUAGGUAGAUUAUUAUAAUCGUACAAUUUUUGCCAAAUGAAGAGGCGACUAACUAGGCAGCCACAUUUUACCCAGAUAAUGUUGACAGCGUUCAAGAACAUCUACCAGAACUACAUAAAAACUUUGAAUAUGAGCAAUUAUUUUUUUAUAAACAGCAUUCCCUCAUAGCAUUAAUGUACACAAAACAUGAACUAUGACUGGUUGACAAUAAAUUUAUUAUAAAAAGACCCAACCACGAAUCGAUUUAAAAAAUUGCAAUUACACGUGAAAAACAAAAUCGACAAAAAAUGUAUGAGCAAAGUCUAUUUCUGACAAAAGAUGUACAUUGUAAUGCUAACAGACUGAUUUGUUAACUUAUCUAUUUUAAUAAGUAAUUUCAUAACUUCAGUUAUAAGGAGGAGGCUCUUUCAUAAAAAAAAUUAACUUCGGUAAAGACCUAUUUUCUUUAAUGUUAAGAAAACAUAAACAAGAAAAUUAGAAUACACCUCGCUAUCCACAGAUUAUAAACCGAAGCUUAUGAAUUCAGAUUCAAAGGCGAUCGAACCUAUGUCUCUAAGCUUAUCCUAAACCUACUAUCUCUGUUGUUAGAUGCAUAUAUACUGUAUAUUCAUAAU